AUGCCUUAUCAUUAUGUUGUCCCAAAUUGCAAGGGGAAUUACGAGACAGGGCCCAAAGUCAACAUAUUUUCUUUCCCCAAGAAUGAAGAACUUGCAGUAAAAUGGAUACCAGCCAUAAAACGAGAAAGCUUCACCCCGACCACAUAUAGCAAAGUUUGCAGUUUAUAUUUCAUGCCAGAGGUUAUUAUAUGGGAAAAAUCCUGUUAUGACAAAAAUACUGGCACAACUUCAACUACAAAACUAAAAAUGCCACAACUUCGUGAAGGUGGCCACUACAAUAUUUCUGUACGGCAGGUGUUUGAAUGUGAAAAGAAGCUGAGGAUGAUGUCUGUUCUUAAACAAAAAUUAUCAUUCAAUGACAGAGCAGUACAUGUAGCCAUUAAUGACGAAAUUAAUUGGAAUGAUUUAGAAACCACUCAUACUGUAAAAGGUACUCUGCGUGACAUAUCUUUGCAAGUAACAGAAUGA